AUGGCUACGGGGAUGAUUGGUACUAGGCCCUUAACGAAGGAGGAAAGUGAACUUGAGUUACUAUAUGGUAAACCUGUUACCGUUUACCACAUUCUUCAAUCUUUCUCACGAGACAGGGGCGUGAAACAUCAUCUGAAGGCAUCGCAUGACUUAUUUGACUUUAAUUUUCGGCUGUCCGAGAAUGGUCAUCCGAAUUUCGAUGUCUCCGUGAAACCUGAUGCAUUCAAAAAUGGGUUACUAAAUUUUGAUUUAGAGGAGCACCCUCGCGUUAAUUACAAAUAUCGCUCGAAAUCUCGUAAGCGAGGCCAAAGAGUUGGUCGUAAGGAACGUAAAAGUUGUAAGAUUUUUGAUAAGUACGCAGACGUUGUCCCUCGUGACGAGACAAAUGAAUUGCCUCAUGUGAACGGUAAUAACAUUUCAUCAGCCCUAACAAGUACUCACUUGUCGGAGAAUUCCAACGACAUUCCGACAAUAACUCAACCAGAGAUAGGUCAGUGUUCUAAGGGGACUCAUGUGAACGGUGCCCUAGCAAGAACUCAACCAGAGAUAGGUCAGUGUUCUAAGGGGCCUCAUGUGAACGGUGGUAAUGUCUCAUCAGCCCUACCAAGAACUCAACCAGAGAUAGGUCAGUGUUCUAAGGGGCCUCAUGUGAACGGUGGUAAUGUCUCAUCAGCCCUACCAAGAACUCACUUUUCGGAGAAUAUCAACGACAUUCAGACAAUAACUCAACCAGAGAUAGGUCAGUGUUCUAAGGGUCCUCAUGUGAACGGUGAUAAUGUCUCAUCAGCCCUAGCAAGAACUCAAUUGCCGGAGAAUUCCAGCGACAUUCCGACAAUAACUCAAUUAGAGAUAGGUCAGUGUUCUAAGGGGCCUCAUGUGAACGGUGAUAACAUAUCAACCUCCCUAACAAGAACUCCCUUGUCGAGAAAGACUACCCAGAUUCAGACAAGAACUCAACCAAAGAGAGGUCAGUCUUCUAACACUAAGGGCCCUGAUGAGAACGGUGAUAAUAUCUCAUCCUCCCUAACAAGAACUCCCUUGUCGAAAAAGACUACACUCAUUAAGACAAGAUUUCAACCAAAGAGAGGUCAGUCAUCUAAAGCUAAGGGCCCUGAUGUGAACGGAACCUCCCUAGCAAGAACUCGCUUGACGAGAAAGGCUAGCCACAUUCAGACAGUAACUCAACCAGAGAUAGGUCAGUCUUCUAAAGCUAAGAGGCCUGGUGCUACUAGGAGAAAAGGGUUUCAUCCACAGCGGAUAGAGGAUGAAGGAACCGAUCUUCUGAGGAGUCGGCAGUUCUAUCAUUCUCGAACAUUACAGCCAAUGACUCUGGAAGAAGUAUUGUCUGAAGCCGACAGCGAUAAUGAACGUGAUGAAGUUUUUCAAGAUCUUCAAGAACGCUUGAGGCUUAAUCAGUUGGUGGAUGCGACCGAUGAGCAAAAGAGAUUCAUGAGCCUUUGGAACAAUUUCAUGAGAAAUCAAACGGUGGUUGGAGAUAAACAUGUUCCUUUGGCAUGUGAAAAGUUCGUAAAACUUCAUGCGAAAGAGCUGAUCAAAAUUGAAAUGAUCUGGCAAUGGAAAACUUUCGCACUUUAUAAACUAUGCUCAUACCGUCUGAUAUCCGCCGAGACCAUGGAUAAAUGCAGUAUCAUCCUCCAAAACGCAAAGGAUAAAGAACCAGCAGAAGAGGAUGCAGAUGCAGCAAGAGCUGCAAAUCUGGCAGCAGCUGCAGCAGCCUUAAAAUUUUAUGGUAAUGGAGCUUGA